ACAGAAUCGAAUGUCAGUGGUCUGGACAAGGGAAGAAUUUGUCGAUUGUUUUUCACCAUUUUAAAAGGUUGUUGAAGAGUCAAGGGAUGAAGAUGCAGAAUGAUUGGUAGUCAUAUUCCACUGACUGAGAGUUGGUACUCGUAGAUCGUCCCCUGGAGCUCUGCCUCUGCACUUGGACUGAGAGGUCACAGUUAUCGCCUGAAGACGUCAUUGCCUUUUAUCAAGCGAGAUUGUUUCUAAAGACGAUUCAACCCAUUGUCGCCAUAGAUUGAAGAGACUGGUUUUGGUGAAUAGUGUGGACUUCUAGCGCUUCCAAUCUUUCAUCAUCGCAAUGAGCUGGAACAUUUUCAGUCGACUGACGUCGCCAAAAAAGGCACCUCCUGUCAUUUCAAAAGAGGAGGAGAAGGAAUUUGAACGAGAGGUACACAAAAUUGAGGUCCUUGAUGAGGCCACGAAGAAGUUAUACAAAGACAUGAAGCACUGUAUCGAAGCCAUGGGGGCGCUGUCCAAGACGCAGUGUCGCAUCGGUCAGAAUCUUGCAGCAAGCCCCGUUCUCAAUACGGAGGAGUCGCUGAAGAGCUUGGAACAAAUCAACAAGUCCAUCAGUCAGAUUGAGUCUCGUACACAAGAACUGAAUGCAAACUCAGUUCGUAUGAUGAUUGAACCCAUGAAGAAAUUCAGUACGAUAUUUCCCAGUCUUUACAUCGCCCUCAAGAAACGUGAGCAGUGUUUACAGGAGUACAGUCGUUGUCAGGGGAAACUAGAAAAAUACCAGGAUAGAGAAAGAACUGGCCCAAAUCUUGCCAAGCUUGAAAGUUGUAAGAAGAAUCUGGAGGCAGCUAAGGAGGAGUAUGACAGGCAACACAAGGAGCUGAUGGAAGCCAUGCCUAGUUUCUUUGAAGGAAGAGUAGAAUACUUCCAGCCUUGCUUCGAGGCACUCAUCAAAUCUCAGGUUACAUAUUACACGGAGUGCUUCAAGAUUUACGUGGAUCUUGCCGUUCAACUGGAAGACAAAGACACACUUCAGAGUGAUGAAGACUUUGAGAUGGAUCUUCAUCGAAGAUUGUGUGAGAUUAGGGCAUUGUCUAUCGUUGUUGAUGACUAGUUUUAGAAUCUUCCAAAGACUUGGCCCAAUCACAGAGCUUUUAAUCAUGAAACUCAACUAAACACUAACUUUCUUUGAUGAACCCUCCUACUUUUUAUCACAUUUUCCAGGGUGUUGACCAUUUUUUGUAAAACUCCUCAAUUGCACUGAUUAUUAGUUGGACAACUGCAAGCACAAAACUGCACUUAUACAAGCCAAAGUACAUGUACAGGGUACUUUUCAUAAUGGAACAAUGCUACCCGACUAGGUUUUCUUCAUUAAAGUUUUACCCAACAGAGAAUAGGGUAGAUGAGUGUGGUGAUUCAUUCACCACGCGAUAUCAUAUAGCAGGCUGUCUGGCGUGCUGUAUGUUUUCGCCAACAAAAAUUCUAUUUUUUAUUUUCUGCUGAGCAGACCUGUGUGAGGAUUUUACUUGCAUUUUUGGGGGAAAUGUGAAAUGUAACUUGACACUUUAACCUAAGUAAUCACUUGCUGGGAUUUCAUAGUAAUGAUACGGACAUUUACAGGCUUUUCACAGACAUUUCACAGGCACUUCACAGAUAUUUGACUGCAUUUGUAGAUGUUUCACUGCAUUUCACUGCAUUUCACAGACAUUUCACUGGCACUUGAUUGAAAUUUCACUGGCAUUUUCAAAUUUGUCAUUGACAUUUCACUACCAUUUCACAGACUUUGUCAUUGACAUUUCACUGGCAUUUCAAAGACAUUGCACCGGCAGUUCACAGACAUUUCUUGACUGGAAUUUCACAGAAAUCUCACUGGUAUUUCAGAGAACAUUUCACAAACUUUUCAUGAGUACUUAACAGCAGUUUUCAACCAAGAAGAUCUAAUAUCUUAAUAGGUGAGUUUAUACAAUUUGGAUAAAGAAUCUAAAAUUGGUUUUUACCGUUUUACCGAUGUCCGAUGUAAAGGUAAAAACCAGAUACGGUGUAUGGGUAAAAACUAAAUUAGAAUCUUAUUUCUUCUUACCUUUUUUAAUUGGUUCUUCUUGCAUCUGGGAUCUGUCUGGGAUAGUUAGAUCAUGGAGGUAGAACUCUUAUUUCUACUUCCAUGGUUAUAUUUAAUCAUUUGGUGUUUUGUGCUAAAAUUCAUGCUGUACUUCAUGUGGAAGAGUUUUGAUGGCAGUUGCUAAAGACAUCCCUCUGCAAACAAAGUAAGCUAUACAUAUUCUCUCAACGGUAAAUUAUUCAUACAUCAGAAGAGACAACCCCUUAUUUUAUCCAUGUCAUGAUAUGAACUCUCUGUUUACACUACAUGCUCUUUACAAGGAUCAAUUUACUCUGGUGAGUGAUUGAAGGUAAAUCAUAAUCAGCGGAGUGUCAGCGGAAGAGGGCGUGGGUAACCUGCCUGAGGGGUAAGCGUUUAAAGGGAGCGUGAGGCACAGUCUGGUGACACAAUCGCAGUGACUUAAUGAUUGGAGGUUACGCAAAUCAUAAUCAUUGAAGUACCAGCGAAAGACGACGUGGGUAACCUGCCUGAGGGGUAAGCGUUUAAAGGGAAAGUGAGGCACAGUCUGUUACAAAAUCGCAAUGACUUAAUACUGACGUCAAGUGUGUUGAGUGCAUUCUAAAAGGAAAUUGAACCAUUCAUCAUGCAUGAUGAAUGUGGACUUGGACCUUCUUCAUUCCUUCCCUGGGGGGAUGGUAUGAUAAUUUGCAUUCAUAUUACAGCAACUUGUUAUUUAGCAGAGAAAGCUUUGUGGAGGAUUAACCGAUUUGGUUUACUGUUGGUAGCUUGCUUUAAGCCGUCUCAUGGGGACUUCUUAGUGUACUGUCAUACUUUGGUCUACUCUUGUGAAGCGCAACGUACUGCAGUAUUUUAUUAUUAAAGGGCACAUUGAUGAGAGAAAGUUGGAAACACUGGGAAAAUUCAAGAUGCAACCAAGGCAAUGACUAUCGAGGCAAUGAGCCUUCCCAUGGACUAUGCUGAUUACAAUCACACCGGACUAUUGUUGGCAAACGCUAUGGAGUUUUGAACUAGGCUGACAAAAACAAGUGUGCAUUACGCCACUAUCGGCCCCAUAGAAAAAUACACGAUGUUCCCUCACUUUGCCAACCAGUACGGGCCAUCUUAGACAAGGCAAUUUAUAACAGGCAACCAGUUUCAGACAAUCUCCAAGAAGAAAGGUAUUUGCACUUGGGGAUCGUAAGACAUUGUUUUAAAA